AUGGAGGCCCCGAACGGCUCAAAACCCAACAUCUGGGCACUGUAUCGGGUGCGGUGUGCGGUACUCCGUAGAGCUGCAAUCCUUGUUGCUCUCGGAAUCUUGUUUCUUAGUGUGGCAGCUGCGCGACCUCCUUCUUCCGGAGCGCAUGUCGCUACAGAGCAAGGCGCAGGAGGCAGUGAAGAACUCGACUUGACUGAUAACGGCCCCUCUGUUAUUAAGGACCGGAGAGAGGCAGCAAAUACGAAAAAGAAUCAGCAAUCAGUGGAAACAACGGCCGACAAUGACGACGCAAAGGAUGGAGAAGAAAAUGCACAGAAAACUACAAGAAGCAAGAUGCGCAAAGAGCAGCAGACAAAGCUUCUCGAGACGAUGAACGAGCUUCUUUCGGAGAACCGCGAAUACCGCAAGAUGAAAGCUGACAGAGAGAGAAAAAAACUUCUGCAACAGUACCAAUCGGAAGAUGAUGACUUGGACCCAGAAGAAUCGCCCGCAUUUAUCAAAGACUUACAGAAGUUCAAGAAUCUGCAGAAGAAAAAAAGCUUUGCUGGGGCUGCGUCCAUUGUCAGCAUGGCGUUGGCAUCCGCAGGUAUGCUAGUGUAUUGGAUGGCAAACAAAAAGGGCGAAUUUCUCGAGCGAGAGGACCGUAAAGUGCACAAGCGGAAUAACAUGGGCCUCAUCGCUAGUAGUCUUGCAGGCGCAAUCGGUGUCGGCCUCACCCAGUUGCAACGACGCCGUUACAAAAAGAAACUCCAACGUCUUCAACAGAAGCUCGUGCGCAUGGAGAAAGAAGCAUAUGCUGGACAUAUGCCUGAGGACACACCGUUUCUUGGUGCGGACGAAGAAAGUCCGGAAGACAAGCGCAAGAGGGAGAAGGCGAAACGUCUUCAGGAACAACAACAACAGAAACGGUAG